CAACUCACAAUUUAUUUAAGUUCUAUGGUUCGAUUUUUUUUUAAACUACUAUAUUUCUUUGUGGGAGUAUUUAAUUAUUUAUUAUUGCUAGAAAAAAUGAGUUUGUGGGUUGAUAAGCAUCGUCCGACUUCUCUAAGUAAAUUGGAUUAUCAUACGGAACAAGCCAAACAUUUAAAAAAUUUGGUACAAGAAAGUGAUUUUCCUCAUUUACUCGUAUAUGGCCCACCGGGAGCUGGUAAAAAGACUCGUAUAAUGUGUAUCAUUCGGGAGCUGUAUGGUAGUGGAGUGGAAAGACUGCGUAUGGAGACUAUGCAUUUUGAGACACCAUCACAGAAGAAAAUGGAAAUAAUGACGAUCAAUAGUAACUAUCAUAUAGAAGUUAAUCCAAGUGAUGUUGGUAUAAAUGACAGAGUAGUUGUAAUGGAUCUUGUAAAAACAGUUGCACAAACUCAUCAAAUAGAUUCUACUGGACAAAGAGAAUUCAAAGUGGUAUUAUUAACAAACGUUGACCAGCUUACAAAGGAUGCACAACAUGCACUUCGCAGAACUAUGGAAAAAUAUGUUGCCACAUGCAGAUUGAUUUUGUGCGCGAAUUCUACGUCGCGAGUUCUGCCAGCUAUACGGUCUCGUUGCUUAGGUAUAAGAGUACCAUCUCCUACCAUACCGGAAAUAACGAGUAUUCUAAAUUCAAUCUGUAAGCGCGAGGGCCUCAAUUUGCCUGAUAAACUAGCCACCAGAGUUGCCGAGGCGAGUGGCAGGAAUCUAAGACGCGCAAUUCUAAUGUUAGAGGCAUGCAAAGUGGAACAGUAUCCAUUCACGCCUGAACAAAAUAUUACGGAACCAGAUUGGCAAGUGUAUCUGCGGGAAACAGCAAAAUUGAUGGUGAAGGAACAAAGUCCAUCUAAACUUCUUCAAAUUCGUGGAAGACUAUAUGAUUUAUUAAUUCAUGCUAUACCCUGUGAUCUCAUAUUUAAAGUACUCUUUCAAGAAUGUGUAAAAUAUUGUGAUCUUCAAAUGAAAAUGGACAUAGCAGCUGUUGCUGCUGAAUACGAGCACACAAUGAUUCGUAGUUCCAAAGCGAUUUUUCAUUUAGAAGCCUUUGUGGCUAAAUUUAUGGCUAUAUACAAACGCUUCAUGGACUUGUCAGCUGGCGAUUUUAUGUAACUGCAUUCAUGCUCUUUUUGUUUUGGAAAUAAAUUUGUAUAAUUUUUUAUAA